CUCUGACUGACUUCCUCAUACCUACCUGGUCUCGUCCUAUUUCCUCAUCUCCUCCGUAUCCCUCUCUUCCCUCUCCCCCCCCCCCCCCUCUCUCCAUCCUCCAUCCACCUAUCUAUCUAUCUACCUUACCCAUCCCCACCAACCAUGUCGCUCAAAGCCGUCUACGAGCGGUUCUUGGCCGAUCCAACGGCCGCGUCUCUCUCCGCCGAUGCUGCGCUACACUACAUAUCCACCACGACCACUUUCUCCCACCCAGAACCCAUCGUCAAACAUCUCAUCACCCAGUCCCGCGCUCUCAGAAAGAAAACAGAGAAGAUCGUCCACGCAGUCGAGGGUGCCCGUUCGCUAUGCUUGGACGUCGAGACUUCGCUGGAGUUUAUAUCUGGGGGAGGGGCCUAUCUGCUGGAGCUGGAUGAUAAUUUCCUUGUCGAUCGCGUCGUCACGGUGCCAAUAGUCCACAUCGUCCAUUUUAAUAGCAACGAUAGGAUUACACAAAUCCGACUGUACUGGGACCAAGGAGCGCUUCUCAAGCAGCUUGAGGUCAUCGACGCGGACAGCCGCAAUUGGCCAAUCCGCUACACUACUGAACAGUCGCGUCUCGUCAACUCCUCCAUCUCCGCUGCGGCCAAAAGCUCCACUUCCAUUUCGUCGCCGGCGUCUCUGCCAGAAAAGCGAUCGAUUACUACUGCCGCGUCAAACGCGUCAUUUGGAUCAAUCUCGUCCCCCAGCAAGAGAAUCACCAAAGAUCCGCAUACUUCAUUGUCGCUUUUCGAACCCCGUUCUCCUCCACCGGAAGAACGGCCCGUGUCAGGCGCUUCGCGCGGGUCUGCCAAACCUCCUCCUCGCGAUUUAGGUGAAUUGCUUGUUGGGUCCGAUGCUGAGUCCACACCUACGAGAAAAUUCUCGCGGCCUGUAAGGAAUGAUGACGUUAUCGCGUCCAAAGGAGGGGGGGGAGAUAUGUAUAGGCCAUCGCGGUUGUUUGUGGAUGAAGAUGAAGGGAAACGAGUAGAGCAAGAGGAUAAAAAAACAGUAGUUAAGAAAACUCACUCAUCGAAAUACAGCCAUUUCGAGUUCGGAGAGACUCCUCAUCCUAGACCCACGACGAAACCACAGGCCCCAGGCCACUUUGAAUUUGGCGAGGCUGAACCACCCAAACUGAGGCAAGAAAAACCAAGGCAGGAGAAUCAUUUUGAGUUUGGCGAAGCGGACCAGAAGAGUGUACAGAACAACCUCCCUAUCCGCCCCCACGCAAAGAAACACCUGUCCCAGUGGGAUUUCGAGGACUUUGCCACUCCUGAAAAACCGCGACAGAAACUCCAGCCGCAGAACGUGCGACAUUUCGGCUGGAGCGACGAUGAGGGGGAUGCUGCAGAUAGUCCACCUAAGCAACGUCGAGCCCCGCAACCACGGCGCGAUGCAGAAACGCAUUUUGAGCUCCGUGACGAUGAAGCGCCUAACGCACGCGAGCUGAACCAGCCGAUCAAUCCCAGGGGCAACGCACAUAACAAAGGCCUGGGUCUGUACGAAAAUAAUAUCUUCGAGGACGCCGAUGCACCUAUCGCCAACAAGAAACAGCAACAACAAGGACAGGGGCAACAGGGGCAGGCGCCCUUCAAGGUCCCCGGCGCUGCACAUAACAAAGGUCUAGGCCUGUAUCAAAACAACAUCUACGGAGAUUCAGACACGCGCGUCCCAGGCCCCGGUAGCGGUGCUGCUGAGGGUGGUACUGAUGAGGCACCGGUGCGACCUGCGUCUAACAUUUCUGCAAAUGCCGCUCAUCGGCGUAAGGAUUUUGAUAGCCAUUGGACGAUGGUGGACGGUGGUGCGGAUGAUUCGAAUUCUAUGGAGAAAGGGGGGGAGAAGAAGGUGAAUAAUGGUAACAAUAAUACAAAUAAUGAUCAUGAUAGUAAUGGCAGCGGUGAUGCCAAUGGGAAGAAGAGCGAUGAGAAUGGGAAUCCACCCGCAAAUGAUGAUGGUGGUGGUCAGAAGAAGGCUGUGAAGCCGAUCCAUUCGAGCUCGGAUGCGUUUGUGGCGGAGGAGGCGGAGGUAGAGAAGAAGGUGAAGGCCAAGCCAGCGUCGUCUGUGGGUUCAGGCGUGGGUGAGAAGAGGAUCAGUCGGAGUGUUCAUCAGAGGAAUUGGAGCUUUGGAGAUGAUGAAGGGUUUUAGUAUGAGAGUUUCUCAAUGAGAUUGUGAAAAGAGAGAGAGAGAGAGAGAGAGAGAGAGAGCAAGAGACAGAGUCUGUAUUAAGUGAGUUGAUUGAUUGAUUGAUUGAUAUAUUAUUCUCAUUCUCUCUCUCUCUGUGCUUUUAUAUUGAUAUUGUAAGAUUGAUUUUACCUCUUCUUUUCUCUUUUUUUUUUUUUUUUCUAACUAUUAUAACAUUUUUUUCUCUUUUUUUUUACAUUUUCAAUUAUAUUUUUUUCUUCUUCUAACGUGAUCAAUCACUCAAUGCCUGGUUACACUCAACGCCUGCUUAAUCUUCAUUUUUUCAUUCAUUUUCAAACACUUACAAC